AUGACAAGACUUUUAAAUACCUUAAUUAUUUUUCAAUAGGACAAUGCAAAUAUGGUCCGAGAAGUGGAGGUAGAUAAAGUAGUCACGUUUGAGCAAAAAUAUGUUGAAGCAAUAAAGAAAUUAUGGAGUGAUCCUGGCAUCCAGGAGUGCUACGACAGACGUAGAGAGUAUCAGUUGUCUGAUUCUGCCAAAUACUAUCUUAGUGAUGUAGACCGCAUUAGUUCACCAGUAUAUGUACCAACUCAGCAAGACAUACUGCGGGUCAGGGUACCAACAACUGGAAUCAUUGAAUAUCCUUUUGAUUUGGAGAACAUAAUCUUCAGGAUGGUGGAUGUUGGAGGUCAGAGAUCUGAACGAAGAAAAUGGAUUCAUUGUUUUGAGAAUGUCACCUCAAUCAUUUUCCUAGUUGCACUAAGUGAAUAUGAUCAGGUUCUGGCUGAGUGUGAUAAUGAGAAUCGAAUGGAGGAGAGCAAGGCAUUAUUUAAGACAAUUAUCACCUAUCCCUGGUUUCAUAGCUCGUCAGUCAUUCUCUUCCUAAACAAGAAAGAUCUUCUGGAAGAAAAGAUCAUGUAUUCUCAUCUAGUUGAUUAUUUUCCAGAAUAUAAUGGUCCUCAACAAGAUCCCAUAGCUGCUUGUGAUUUCAUCUUGAAGACAUAUCAAAAUCAGAAUCCAGAUAAAGAAAAGGUCAUCUACUCUCACUUCACAUGUGCUACAGACACCGAGAAUAUACGGUUUGUCUUUGCUGCUGUCAAGGACACUAUCCUACAGCUAAACCUGAAGGAAUUUAACCUGGUAUAAAGGACAGACCCGACUUCACAUCACUCAAUACUUCUCGUCAAGCUGUUUUUACUCGACAGCUCAAAGUUGUACAUUUACAAAUUUGAAUCCAGUUCUAAGGUGAACUUGGUGUUGACACUGCAGAUACAUCACUUCUGUGUUCUGUUCAGAAUUUUUCAUGCACAGUUUUUCUAUUUGCAAAAAAUUGCUUGCGGAAUUCUGCACAUAUCUGAAAAAGGAUUUGCACAGAUGUUUAUAGCUUUAUUAACUGAGGUGUUUUUAUACAUUAAAAAAAAUUGCCGGGAUAUGGCUCAUGUUGAAAUGGACCUAAAUAUGUUUUCCAAAGGUGACUGUUUUACAACUUUUGUAAUAGUAAAUGCUCCCAGAUCUAGUUUUACAUAUCUCACUGUGUGAAAAAUAUAUGGCAUUCCUGGAAUCCAGAGGUUUACUGAAUGCAAAACAUUAUCGAAAAUAAAGGGUACAAAAGAACUUUAUGGUUCCCAUUAUGACUACUGGCUGGGUUGGCAUUUGGCAUACAGAGGAAUUUUAAUUGAGUAAAUGAUUGGUGUACACAACACGUACUUUGACUUCCUUUGACAUUUAUUCUGAUUUUAUCCAUUCAAUCCAUUUAGUAUCAUAGUGUAGAUUAAAUCACAGAUGUCUUCAACAUUUAAAAUACUGAUAUCAUUAAUUAUUGCUAUCAUUAAAAGUAAUGUAGAAUAAGCACAUUAAGAAUUUUGAAUAUGAGCUGCAAAAUUUAAUAGAAAAAGGAAAGAAAUUUUGAAGUUUUAUUAGCACAACAGAUUCCAGAAUGAUUUUUGUGGACUAAUGUAAAAUGUUUUUAUUCAAGCUAUUAAAACACAACUUGCUCACUUCAUUUGUGACCAAUGAUACACAUACAAGCUUAGAUUGUAGAAGACUUCCAGUCUGCUUUGAUGUUUGUGCUUUCAUAGAGUUGCAAAGGAUAGAUGGAUUUGCUUCACAGGAUUUUAUUUGUUCUAUUAUUAUCCUAAUAGAAAUUACUCCUAGGCACAUCAAGCUUAAAUGCUUACAGACAAUUGUAAAUACAUAUUCUAUAUAUAUUGCAUCUUUUCUAGCUUUCAACAUUAUUUAUCUUGGUCAAAAAGGGAUAUUAUUUGUUGAAAUAAUGUAGUAUCAGUAAUUGUAAAAGACUGUAAGGUGUUUCCACAUUUUGGAGAGUUAGGUAAGUAAUCACUUUUUGUUCUGAAGUUGAAAUAUAAUGUGUAAUGCACAAUUCUGCCAUAUUGCAUUUUGAUUUAAAAAAAAAACUCUUCACGGAUACAUUUUAUGAUGAGCAGAUCUGUUAGAGAUUAUAAUUUUUAAAGACCAACAAUGUCUUACCUUUUUGAGUUUUUACACUUUAUGCAAUAGGCCAUGGUUUUUGAAUGUUAAAGUAUUGUGCCUUGAAUUUGAACAUCAUAUAUAUGGAGGCUUGCUUUUGCUGUCAUAUCCCUUCUGAAUGUGACAGGAGUGAUGCAUCUGAAUGAAGUCAGUCUGCACUGUUAGCUUCUUUCAUCAUAAGUGCAUUUCAUUAUGUUACAUCCCUGAGAAUUGGUUGCUAAGGUGCACUAAAGCUGCGUAAUCCUUUGUGGAGGCCAACAUCAUCUGAGUUUUUAGUUUAAAACAGUAAAGGUUGUGCUUUCUUACUUUUACUUGAAUUCUUCAAUUUGCAAGAAAUCAAAAUAAAACUGAAUAUAGAAGACACUGGCUUAGAUGUUAAUAGACCUGGGUGAUAUAGACAAACAGAGUUUGACAAAAUGAAAUAAAAACUGAAAGAACUGUGGAUGCUGUAAAUCAGGAACAAAAACAGAAGUUGCUGGUAAAGCUCAGUAGGUCUGGCAGUAUCUGUGAAGAAAAGAUCAGAGUUAAUGUUCGGGUCCGGACCCAAAAUGAGAACUCUGAUUUUUUUGUUCACAGAUGCUGUCAGACCUGCUAAGCUUUUCCAGUAACUUCUGUUUUUGUUUGUGAAAAAUGAAUAUAUGGACAAAUGUGUUUCUGCACAUUAUUAUGGAGUCUUAAUCUGUGUGAAGGUUCAUUAUACAGUACAUCCCCCCCCCCCCCCCCACCUUGGUGUUCAUAAAUUACGCAUCUUUUAAGCAUCUUUUAAAUUUGUGAAAGGAAUUAACACAUCUUCACUAGGAUUUGAUUUAAAUCAUAUUCUGGAGUGUGUAUUUGAGCAGACAGUUUGGUGUUGAUUCAACAUGUUAUGCAUGCUAUGAUAGCCAAAAGGUCCUUUCAUUUGGAGAAAGCCACUUGUCUGAAGUAGGAAUUUCUAAUCUUGAGUAACUGAAUUUGCAAAUUUGCAAUCUGGGAAUCAGUUACAUAAUUUGGAUAAAUAAUGUUAUUUCAGUAGCUAUAGAUUGAAACCUAUCUGUACAUAUUACAAUUGUUAAGAAGUUGACCAAUAGGUGCCAAGCAGAAUGCUGUCGCCAUAAACAAAGAACUUGCCAAAUACCAUGUUUUCAGAAGGUGCUAAAAUAGAUGAUAGAAGGAUAAAAUCUUAAAUGCACUUUUAGUAUCCUUGUUUCAGCUACAUCACACUUGUAUUUUGUUUUAUUGUUUCAAGUUAGCUAAAUAUGUAUAUUUCACUCUUUGGGUAGGCUUUUAGAUUCAAUAAAUUGCAGCUGUUAAAAUCUGACACAAAGAUUGUUAGGAUUUUUCUAUUCUUGUUUUGUAAAGUAUUUUGUUGGUCAUUAAUUAACUGAUCUGUACUUUGAAAUUAAACACGUUUCGUAUUUGGUAAUGCUGCUGUUUUAAACUGAAAUUAAACACAAACUUGGUUCUUA